CCACUUAACCGAUUUACUAAACGUUCCUCUCUAUUGUGUUGUCAGCUUCUGUGAAGAUAGUAGUUCGACAUGUUCUGUUUUAUGAGCCGUUUAUUCCUCUUGAUAUUUGUUGUUAGCUUCACAAACAGCCAAUCCGAUGUACCACUAACCACAAAUAGAGGACCCAUAAUUGGAAUUCGCUUUUCCCCUAACCCCGACACUGAUGUUUCUUACGAUGCCUUCCUAGGGAUACCCUACGGUCAAAUACCAGCGAGAUUCCAGCGGGCCACUCCCAGGAAACCCUGGAGUAACGCUAAGAAAACACAGACGGAUGGGCCCGCAUGUCCGCAACCCUUCGUACCUUUUAGUGAGGACUGCCUCUACAUGAACGUCUUUACUCCAGUAAACGCAUCUUCCACUCCCUCCAAGUAUCCUGUGAUGGCCUUUGUUCAUGGGAGUGCCUUUACAGCAUCUUCCAGCAGUUCACUGCUUUAUGGUCCUGACUUUCUGGUUCCUGAAAAUGUGAUUCUCGUCACUUUCAAUUACAGGCUGGGAGCUGCCGGUUUUCUGACCCUAGGCUCCAAGGUAGCUCCAGGAAACCUAGGAUUGACAGACACUCUCCUUGCUCUACAGUGGAUACAAGAAGAGAUCUCAUUAUUUGGUGGUGACCCUGCACACGUCACUUUGUUCGGUCAAAGUGCAGGGAGUGCCAUAGUAACCUCACACUACCUUUCCCCUCUCUCCACAGAUCUCUUCGUGAAUGCGAUUGCCCAGAGUGGAUCAGUUCUGUCGGAUUGGGCACUAAUAUCAGUUGCUGAGGGCACCCGAAGGGCUAAGGUGCUAGCCCAAGGGCUUGGUUGUAAUGUCACCGAGGACGACUCGACUUUACUGUCCUGCCUACAGAAGGCUGAUAUCAACGAUGUAGUCGGUAACCAAUCCAUCGUACUUCCUUUAGAGGACAUGAUCUCUGGCAGCGGAGGGCUUCGUUUUGUCCCAGUUUUAGACUCAUAUCUUACGGCUGAACUGCCAUUCUUCAACGAUACCCUGGAAGGACUGAUGGCCGAGGCGCUGGUUCGAGGAAAAGCCCUCAUGACCGGGAUAACUAUGGACGAUGGAAUUGUCAAAUUUGCAACGGAUGACUCCUGGAAACAAGGUGAGAGCAAUUUGGGAGACUUUGUCCCUCGCAGAGCCCGAGAUGUGGUUAGUGUCUCUAGGCGUCAAGUGAUGGGGCAGGAAAUACAUGACCGGUAUUUUCCAGACACAUUCGACCAGAACAAGUUCCUCUGUCUGCUCAGAUUGAACACUGACACGUUAUUUUCUUAUCCUGCUGCGAAGAUGUCUACUUACUUCGCAAACCUGACGUAUGGGUAUUUGUACAAUUACUACGGCUCUUGGUCCAGACCCAGUACGUUUCCUUACAAAGUCAAGACUGUGUAUCACGGUGCAGAACUACCUUACAUCUUCUACUUCAGUAAAGUGAGUCUUCCGUUGGACACCUGCUCACUCAACACGGCCAAUGUCGCUAUGAAAAACCAAAUGGUCAACUGGUGGACUACCUUUGCCAAGUUUGGGAGUCCAGGUUCUCAAUGGGGGACCGUAUCAACCACGGGGUACAUGGUCAUCGACUCGACCAAUAGUGUUAUGAAUAGUUCAACUUUCAACAGUAAAUACUUUGAGUUCUGGAACGCAAUGGAAAAGUCAGACGGCUUAGUCCUGAGGGUCGACAUAGUCAUUCUAUUCCUCGUCGUCAUCUCAACAGCUUUAUUCUUAUAUACUUAGAUGCUUCUAAACUAAGUAUAGUUUUAAAAUUUGACCUGUUUUGAUCCAAUUUUUUUGUUGGGAUUUAAAACUAAAUGUAAUAUAAACACUGACUUAUUCCUUAAAUGAAUAAUAAAAUUGACUUUUAUAGA